GAGAGAGAGAGAGAGAGAAAGAGAAACUUUUUAUUUUUUUUUAUCACAAACUAAUUUUAAUGUUAUGUAAAGCACAAACGUGACGCGCGUCUUCGGAUUUGACUUGUAGCCUAAAUCUAGGGUUUGAAAUAAUAAAAUAACAACAAUAACAAAUACUAAGUGGACUAAAAUGCGCGCGCGCGAUGGGAAAUCACACCGCUGUCGCUUUAACUGCACCGGACCGGAGCGCCCCAUAUGAUUUUCGAGCUCCAAUCACCACAUCCCUCAUUCCGCACGCGAACAUGGCGAGGAAAAGGGCAGUCGUGUGAAUGGAAAGGACGCCGCGCAGAUGUGAAGCGGAAAAAAAUCGGUUCUUUCAUGGAGAGGGACAGCGCGCAUCCAGGGGAGGAGAAUCGGAGCUGGUUUGCACCAAAGCGCAGUGGACUACAAUGCUGAUAGUGGAGAAGACCGCUGAGCACCCGUCAGGGGAGUACUCCGUGGUGGAGGACAUGGCCCUGCAUUGCACUUUUCUGAUGGAGCGUCUAAAUGAGCAGCGCUUGCUGCAGCCAGACCUGUGUGAUGUGGAUAUUGUGCUUCUGCGCCACAAGGCCACAUUCCAGGCACACAAGGGCGUGUUGGCUGCAUACAGCCCCUUCUUUCACUCGCUCUUCGCCUCUAGUAAAGAGCUGCAGCGCGUGGAGCUUUCUCUAGAGGCACUGCGACCACAGGGAUUCGUGCAGAUCCUUGACUUCAUCUACACAUCUAGGCUGCUUGUGAACAGUGGAAAUGCACGUGAUGUGCUGCGCGCCGCCACCGUGCUUCAGAUGGCCAAUGUGGCAUCGUCAUGCCGCGAACUGCUCUCACGUGGCUCGCUGCAGGAUGAGCAGUCAGGGAGGGACAUCCACGCUUGGAGCAACAGCAACGGAAAUGGAGGAGGCAGUGACUCUAACUUCUCAAUGGAGAUCAAGCAGGAACAGGACGCAUCCAGCGCCAAGAUCUUUGGCACGAAGAGCGAAAGGAGCUCGUAUGUCGCACACAUUGGAGAAAGACAGCAUUUGGGGACAGGAAAGGAGGAGUGUAAUAUGGAGGUAUCGAGAGACUCGGAAGAUUCCUUUAACAGGAAGCAGAUAAUUGUUGAGCUCAAUCUCAACAACCAGACCCUAAAUCUGUCCAAAGGACUAGAAGGAAGAUGUUCCUCAACGGCAUCACUCAGCUUUGAGGCAGAGAAGCACAACGCCGACUCUGAGGAAAACGGAGAGCAAAGCAACUGUGAGGAUGAGGUACACGGUGGAACGAGCGAGGACGAAGCAGGAGAAGCAGCGCAUCUGGAUUACAGCGUUCCCAAAUUCCUGCCUCAGAGGUCUCGCAGACAAACCAGAUCCUCGGUGAAUGCCAUGGCCACAGUUACGAUGAGAACAAGUAUGAGGGUGAGACGUGGCACACGUGGGGGUGCACGAGGAGAGGAGGAAGGAGAGGAAGGGCUUGGACAUGAUGCGAGGUUGCAGGAGAGACGGAGCUUCCCGUGCGUCAGGUGCCCGCAGGUCUUUAGCAACAGCUGGGACAUGGAGAUGCACGCAAACCUUGAACACAAUUACAUGCAGGGUUGUGACAAAUGUGGCACCCGCUUCCUUCUGGAUAGUGAGCUGCUCCUGCAUCAGCAGACUGACUGUGAGAAAAAUUUACAGUGUCUCACCUGUGGCAAAGACUUCAAGAAGCUUUGGUCCUUGCACGAGCACAAUAAAAUCAUCCACGGUUAUGCUGAGAAAAAGUUCACUUGUGAGAUAUGUGGAAAGAAAUUCUUUACCAUGGCUCAUGUUCGCAAGCACAUGGUUGCUCACACGAAGGAAAUGCCAUUCACCUGCGAGACGUGUGGCAAGUCUUUCAAACGUAGCAUGUCUCUCAAAGUCCACUUUCUCCAGCAUUCAGGAGAGAAGCCAUUCACGUGUGAGAAUUGUAGCGAACGUUUCCAGUACAAGUACCAGCUGAGAUCGCAUAUGAGCAUCCACAUCGGCCACAAGCAGUUCAUGUGUCAGUGGUGCGGCAAAGACUUCAACAUGAAGCAGUACUUUGACGAGCACAUGAAAACUCACACAGGUGAAAAGCCGUACAUAUGCGAAAUCUGCGGCAAGAGCUUCACCAGUCGUCCCAACAUGAAGAGGCACCGGCGCACACACACCGGUGAGAAGCCGUACCCGUGCGAGACCUGUGGCCAGCGUUUCCGCUUCUCCAACAUGUUGAAAGCUCAUCGCGAGAAGUGCUUUCAGGUCAGGAACCCUACCACAGAGGCUCCGUCCAUAGAGUUUGACCCUACCCCUGACGAUACCCCGCCGUAUGUGACUGAUCAGAGAUCUUCAGAUCCGAAGGAAGUCGGAACAUGUUCUGUGUUCCCAAGUGCACGGACUCGCUCAGGAGAUGCGUAAUAUCCGAACCGUUCCUGUUUAGCUUUUACGUGUAAACCAAGUAUCUAAAGCUCCUCAGCGUGAAACAAGUUUCCUGUUACCUUGAGAGGUAAAGACAUAGUGUGCCAUAUUUGGUAUUACAGUAUAAUAGCCUUCAGAUGUAGCUGCCACUAAUAUUAAAAUCAAAGUAUCUAUGUAUAUAUACAGUAUAUAAAUAGAAUUAUAGCUAAAUUUAAGUUUCUUACUCAUCAUAUAAUAGCAUAGCAUUUGUCUUACCAUUCCAUACGAAUCCAGAAGGAUUAAAAUACAGUUUCUGUUCUCGAUUAAAGCAAUCAAAUGCCUACUCCAGAAAACCUGCAGUGAUAGGAAACCGAAGGUGAUGACAUUACUAGAGAUGAAUAUCAAUCAAAGACAAAUAGGAUAAAAGUUACAUGACUGUUCAUCAAAUUCGCAGGUGUCAAAGGUAAAUUUCCUUUUUUUUUGGUAGCCGUUCAUUUACUAGGCCCCGUCUACUUAAACUUAAAGCUGGAAUUGUACCACAUUUAAGGAUCAUUAUCUAUGCUGUUGUGCAAAAAUUGUUUGCUGAGAAAAUUAAGAAUGUACGUCAAGAAUUGGACUUCAAGUUAAUCGAUGUUAACGUAUGCCUUUUCCCAUUUACUCAGUAGACAGAAGACCUGAAGAAUAGUGUGGAAAAUGGUAAUUUUUCUUCUUCUUCUUCUUCUUCUUCUUCUUCUUCUUCCUCGAUCUUUCUAGUGAAUCUCCGUAAUCCUCUCUAAACUGUUUAAAUUGUGUUAUUCUAGAUAUCGAGAGCUUUCUUUUGGGAAUUUUCUCAUUAUCUUGGUUUGAUGGGGUCACAACAAAAGCCAUGUGAUUUCCAAUCUGAUGUCAUAAUAUACUUUAAUGUGUGUUAAUGCCUGAGGCAUACUGCACCUUAUAAUUAGAAUUUAAAGCACUUCCUUGUUGUUUGAGCGAGAUCUUUGUCCAAGACAAUCCAAAUCAGAGCCAAGGCAUUUCUCCACCAUGCUCAAAGCAGACUGGAGAUCAUAUAUUCUAUAUUAUAGGCCUUAUUUAGAAUUUUCUUAGGUUGGAUGUAGCAUUAUACAGUACAUGAUGUAUUGAGACAAACUGUUGUGAUCAGUUAAACACUUUUGUUCAUUCCUGAUGCUCUGAAUCAGGUCGAUCUUGUGUGUAGCACGAAAAACUGACCGUGUGAACUGAAAUAAAAUAAUAUACAUGUACAUCAAUAGACAUUAAAUACUAAUAGAUACGUUUAGUUCAGAUGUACCUAAAUAUGGAUUCCCAGCUUUGUUCAACUUACACUCACUUAAGAAGAUAAAGUAACUUACAAUCAAAUGAAUAAAAAACCAAAAGUAAAAAGUAAAAUUUGUCAUCAAAUAAAAAUAGUAGCAAUGGGCAAAUAAAACGAACAGAAAUCUGUGCCGAAUUUUAGAAUUUUAAAUGAUGCCUGAUUAACACGUACGUUAUUUCGUAAGGUACUGUGCAAAAGUAUUAACAUACAGUAUAUUUUCUAUAGACAUUUUUCCCUUAAAUGCAGAUUUUUAUUUUAUGUCUUUUUUAAUUUAGCCAGUAGGAAAAAACAGGAAUAUGAUUUGAUAUGAAAAAUGUAUUAUUAUGUUUUAGCAGUGGGUUUAGGGGGAAAAAUGUAGUUCUCAAAGAAUCCUGGAACAACCUUCCAGCCAAUUUUUUAUUGUCCUUCAACACCUUGCUCUUUGACUUGCCUUUAACUCAUCCCAAAUUAUUUUUGUACUCAGUGUUGAAUUUUCCGAGUCUCUUUACAACAUACUUUCUUUAAAACCUUUGCACAAUACUGUGUAUUAAAUACAAUAUUGUGAUGACACUCUAAACUGUAAUGAAACAUUGAUUAUUAUAAUCCAGUACUAUAUCAGCGCAGGUCUAAAUGAAGCACCUUAAUAUGACAACGUCAAGCUUUUAAUCUUUAUCAAUAUUCUUUCUAAUAUAAUUUGAUUGCAAAUGAUGUAUAAGGUAAAGAUUUAUUCGGCACUUUACCGCUGCACCUCCUCGCGUACUAGUUUAGCACGGUGUUAAAUAUGUUGUACUGAGUGCAGCCAUUUUUCCGGCCAAAUAUUCCCUAAAGUUCUUGUCUUAGUAGGAAGAGUUUAAGAGUUUAAUGUGUUGAAUAUGAUGUUUAAUCGUAUAAGCCUACCAGCUCUUGCUGCAAAAAUUUCUAUUCUACAAUGAGUGCCAUGCUUUCUGGACUUGAGGCCAAUUUAGGCCAAUUCUACGGAGAAACCCAGUUUAACAGAAAAAAAAACUCCUGGGUUGUUUAAAUGUGAACUAAUGCAGGAAGUACUGUUAAUGAAUGGAGUGUUAAUGUCCUAGAUAUGAAAAUGAAAGCGUUUGGGAGAACAGUGUGGCAGAAAUCAUUAGAAAGUUGCUGAAUUUAAAGGACAUUACAGUAAGUUUCCAUUAAUGAACAGUACAUAUUGAUAAGAUAUAUAGAUAACAUGAGAAACAUGAGAGAGAGACAGAUGCAUAAGCAUUAAUGUGGUGAAUAAAAUAAUUAUGUGAUAAACACUGGAGACUCCUUCCAUAGAUGGAUGUAACAAUGGAGUGCCCAAUGUAACAGUCAGAGAUAAAACCAUGUCUUUAAGUUUUCCAAUAUAUUCAGCAGACGUUUUGUCUCGUUAAAUUUCAGAGAGAGAUUAGAAGGAAAAUCAGUGCUGCUGUACAGUGCUGCUGUAAUGUUAAGUGAACACAGGAACUAACAUGUUAAACAUUACAAUGUUAUGGUUAUAGUCCAGAAACUACAAUCCUCACUCCUUCCUGUGGUAUUGUGAUUUGGCAUUAUAUGAUUUAUAAUCGCAAAUUGAAAGGAUUUCAGUGUCUGUAGUGAUACCAGCGUGUCUCAUAUACUGUUUGUACGUGUCGUGCGUUUAAAGAGGACCUUUUAUAGAGUGUAAUUAAUCCUGAUCUGUAUUUUCUCAUUCUCUCUGCUGUACUGUUAUAUCUUUAAAAGCCAAAAGAGAGUUACUUGUUCAUACUUCUGUGUUUUCAUUGAACGCGCUGUCAUCAUUCUGUCCUGUUUUGUUAGUUUUCUUUGUUUAAACAUGUUAUAAUGACGUCAAUGGCGUCCAUGUUACCUCAUAAGUUUUAUGGAUGACAUGGCAGUUUUGCGAUGUUGGAAAUUACAAAGCAUAUACUACUCAAAUCCAGACCAGUAUAAUUCUCUAAUAAAGAUGUCUUUAAUUCAAA